GAAGCUCUUUGUCGUGUGACACUGAAUUUGUUUGAAGUGUUCGUGUUCUCAUUUGGUUUCAUGUGAACGCACUGAGCCGCCCUCACGAGCUUCCCCUCCAGCUUCCUGCUUCACUCCGACAGCCUUCGCUCAGACAGUCAUUGAGAGACGAGGUUGCGGAGCCAGCAGAGUUCUGCAGCUGCAGAGUCGACCCCAGGUGGCAGCCAUGUUGGUUGUGGUCUGCUUGCUGAGCGCGAUGAUGACGAUGAAGAGUGACGCAGCCUCCACACAGAACAUCACUGCACACAGCGGCGAGGAAGUCCUGCUGACAUCCGCACUGCACGAGAAGGAGCUGAACAACAUCAGGUGGACUCAUUCCCACCUGAUGAUCUACCCGAAGAACAACAGGACGAAGUGUCCCCACGGACGCUGCGAGCUGCUGAGUAACGGCUCGCUGAGGUUCAGCCGAGUUCACACCAACGACUCAGGACGCUACAGGCUUGAGGUGUUCAACCAAGAAGGGAAAAUACUGGAUGCAAAAGACUUCCUGCUUAUGGUGGACAACGUUAGCAGCAGCAGCCCCAGCAGCAGCCGCAGCAGCAGCAGCAGCAGCAGUGUUCUGGUGCCUGUGCUGAUGUGCAGCUUCCUCCUCCUGCUGCUGUCCUUCAUCAUCACCUUCAUCCUCAUGAGGAGGCUGAGGCUCCGGAGGAUGGUCACAGAUCUGCGGCAUGAUAAUGUUUACAUGUCCAUGCACGGUCACCGUGGCAACAAGAGUAAAGAGGAGGAGAAGCAGCAGACAGAGGAGCACGAUUCUCAUUAUGUUCCCUGUAAGCCUGUUGUUUCCACGGAAACACCAAUCACACAGCAGAUGCAGGAGGAUGCAGAGGACAUCUAUGUGUAACAACCAAUCACAAUGCGUUUGCCUUAUCUGGACACCACAACUCACCUUCAUGCUUCAUCCACUGCCUCUCAUCAGCUGAGCAUUUUUUUAUUCUUCUUAUAUUAUUUUUCUAUUCUAAUUAAACUUGUAUGUAGAGUGUGGGA